GAUGUCUAAACAGUCGAUGUUAUUGAAGGCGGGCGGUAUAAAGUUGGAGUCGACACUUCACCACAAGUCCUUGUCUGUUGUCUCUUGGGGUCCCAACCGACUUGAUAUUUUCGCACUCGGAACCGACAACAGUAUGUACCAGAAAACUUGGGAUGGAUCUGAAUGGGAACCUUCGCCUACUGGCUGGCAGGCUCUUGGAGGUGCUUUCAACCCGGCUUGA